AUGGCCGACUGGAGCACGCGUUACCUCGCGGCUCUUGAUGCCCGCGACAGACGCGAGUCUAGCCAUAAAGCAUACAUUGACGCCUACACUCGUCUCGCCGACCGCAAGACCAUCACUUCCACCUCCUUAAACCCUACAUCCACAUCCACUGCCUCACCAAAUAACGACGAAAUCACUCGCCUGCGACAAGACCUCAGCACCACCCAAGCCGCCCGCUCUUCCCUCGCAUCUCAACUCCAGACCCUCCAAACCACAACAAGCAGCCUCACAACCACCAACACCACUUUAUCUUCCCAACUAGCUCAUGUCCACAAACUUCUAGCCUCCACAGAGCGCAAACUCAAAGACCGUGAUGAGGAACUGAAGGAAAAGAAAAAACUGGUUGAGGAAGUGCAGGAUGAGAUGUUGGUAUUGACGAUGGAGUUGAAUGCUGUAGGAAGAGACAAAGAGAAACUGAAGGAGGAGAAUGCCGAGUUGGUGAGGCGUUGGAUGGAGAGGAUGACCACGGAGGUUGAUAGGGCAAAUAGGGAGGCUGGUUGGGAGUGA